AUGGACAGAGUUUUGUUAAAAUGUAUUUUUGACGAACUAUGUACGAGUUUCAGUAAAAAGGAAAUAAACGGAAGCGUAAAAAAAAAUGCCGAUCAAAAUAAAAAUGAAAUUAACUAUUGCAUAACAUUGCAAGAAUUGUUCGAUAAUUUAGAAAAAAAUAAAAAUGUAUACAUGGAUGUGUAUAUGAAAAGGGAAGUUUUACAAACUAUAUAUUAUUGUAAAGAUAUAUCUAUUAUGGUCGAAGAAGAAAAAAAAAAAACUGGGGGGAAAAAUGGUAGUGAUGGUAAUGAAGACUAUAGUAGCUUCCCUUAUGACAAAUAUAACAAUGGAUAUAAUGUGAAUAUUCAUAAAAAUGGCCAAGAUACAAUAAUAAAUACCGCCAACAAAUAUAAUUUAUACAUAAAUAAUAUAUACAUAUAUAAUAAGCAUAACUUAUUUUACUACGAAAGAAUAAAAGAAUGUAAAGAAAAAAUAUUUAUCCUGUUAUAUAUUAUUUCAACGAAAUAUAAUGGAAGUAUUCAAAGUUCUUUAUCCAAACAUCUCAAUAUCGAUGUUAAAAUGAUACACUAUCACUUAAAGGUUCUAAUCCAAUAUUCGUUAAUAAAAAAAAUAAACAUUAAUAUUAAUGGAACGGAAACCAAUACAAACAAUGACAGCUGUGCUAUGGGUAAUUCCACAAACGCUGCAAUGAUUAAAUUAAGUCCCUCUUAUAUUUUGUAUUAUAACAUAUACUUUAUAUACAAUAUGCUACCAAUAUUUGUCAAAAGUAUUUUAUUUUCACAAAAUGUUUUAUCAAUUAACAAAAUAAUUAUGUACCUUAUAAAUAAAUUUAUAAUAAUACCACAAAAAAUAUUGUCCUUGAUCUUUUUUAAACUACUAAUUGUAUAUAAUCCGUAUUACUUUAUGCGAAUAAGAAAAGCCUUAAAGAUUUUUAAUUCCAUUUUAUCCAAUUUAAUUAAUAGUAAUAAAAUUAUAAUGUGUAAAAUUAAAAUACAAUCAAACUAUGAAAUUUGUUAUUUGAAUUAUAAAAAUAAAGAAAAAAUAAGCUAUGAUCGCAUAAUUAACUUUUUGUUAUAUUUUUAUUACAAUUAUGACCAUGUCAUAAAUUUUAUUGAUAAGUCAUGCUAUUUAAUGUGUGAAGAUUAUGUUAAUAAUGAAAUUCCUAUAAAAUCUUCGUUUAUGAACAAUUAUUUUAUUCAUAAAAAACAUAAACAAAAUUUAACCCAACAACUUUCAAUGUAUAUGGAGCCAACUGAACAAGGACACAUCAACACUGAAAUUCUACAAAAUGAAAUAAAGUAUAAUCAACACAAGGGAAAUGGGUCAAUCAAUUCAAAUAAGUCAGAAUUAAACAAACAAGUUAAUAUUUCUAUCAAUGAGUUUAAAAGUCAUGUACAUUUAAAUAUGGAUGACAAAUUUAUUGAUUCAGAUUUAUAUUCGAGUUCACAAAAUGAUAAUUCUGCAUAUAGCUUGUCAGAUUUUUCGCCCGUUUUGGGAAAUAAUGAAAUUGAAGCUAAUUUAGAAAAAAAUAUAAAUUUCAAUUUUAAUUAUACUCAUGAAAGAAAUUCACAAAUUUCAUAUUCCGAAUCCCCCACACAUUCUAGUAUUGAUAGUGACAAUGGAAGCGACAACAUUAGUCAUCGCGGGAAUAGCCUAAGUAUACGUUCUAGUAAUUUAUCACUUUAUGAUGAAAUGAAAUAUAUAAUAAUAAGCAAAGGUAUUAGUGGAAUAACGGCCAAAGAAAUUUCUCAAAGCAUACUCCUCUCCAUUAAAAAAACCAAUACAUUCUUAAAUAAACUAGUAAAAAAUAAAGAAGUUGUUAAAAUACCUGAGCGAAAAGAUAAAAGUUUUAUGUACCGAUUUGUGGAUAAUAACAUAUAUCAAUAUAUACAGAACAAAAAAAAAUAUUAUACAAAUGCUGAGAAGGAAACUGAAUCAAUCGUAAGUUAUGAUAACAAAAACAAGAAUAUUAAUGAGUGCAAUGCUAAUAUGAAAAAAAAAAACCUUCAAAAUAGUGUGGAAUCUUUAAUACCCAUUAAAGCUAAUAGUAAUCAACAGUAUUCAAACGAAAUAAUGGCAGAAUAUUCGCCCAAAAUAAAAACAGAGCAACCAAUCAAUUCUAUAACAAAUCAAAAUAUUUUUCAUUAUAUCAAAAUUAACAACUUAAACGAAUCUUUAAAUAUACUAAAUUAUACUAAUACAAUAAACAAUAUAGAUAAAAAUGUUUUGAAAUAUGUAAUACCCAAAUAUGAUGAUUCAAUUAAUAAUUUCUCAAAUUAUAAAGAUUUUUUUAAUAAUUAUGUAAAUAAAAUCAAGCAAUUUGAGUACAAAUACGAUUUAUUCACAUGUAGUUUUCACCUUUUUUAUUAUGUCAAAAAUAUUUUACAAAAAAAACAAACAAGCAAGAAAAAUAAUGACAAUACCAAUUUAUAUACACAUACUGACAACAAUAUUAGGGUAGAUGAAAAUGUUCAUCAAUUUAAUGAGAGCAAUAUUAGUGAACAUUUUGAAGAAUUUAAUAUUAAUAUAAACAAUUUAGAUGUUUCUAAAACAAGUAUUGAUUUUAUAAAGCAUUUUAUGGAAGAUACUACUAAACUAAAAAGUAAUUUAUUUAUUAAACGCUUGUUUAUUUUUACACAUUUUCUGUUAUGCUCUAAAGUUACUACAUUUCGAUUUGUGCAAGAUUUAUUUACAAUUUUGGAGAAUAAUGGGAAAUUAAUAGAUCGAAAAUCAGUUGAAAGGCUGUUUAAUUAUUCAACAAAAAUAAAUGCAUUUUUUAAAAAAUGUAUGCUUCAAAAUAGUAAAAAUGUUAAAUAUUAUUUUUAUGAUUCUAACACAUUGACUGAAAAACAGUCUAUUGAACUUCAUUCUAAGAUUCAACAAGAGUAUGCACAUUAUUUUUACAAACAGUCAGCAUCUACCAAGCAUAAUGAUAAACUACAUAUAAAUUCUCCCAUCAACUUACAAAAUCGCACAAAUUAUAUUAACUUAGAUUCUAAAAAUAAAGAUAUUUCAAAUAGUGUUAAUCCUAAUUGUGAAAUCGUUGCUGAUAAUGCAUCAAUUUCACAAAUAUCUCCAUCAUCAUACCCAAAUAAUUAUAAUACCUCUCUCAAAUUAGGAGAAAAUGAUUGUUUCCAAAACAUGGAUGCUUCAAAUGCUUAUAACGUGAGCCCCAGAAUAUACGAUACAAAUACUCUGUUAAACAGUUACUCCAUUACGAAUAUUUCAUUGAAUGAUAAGAAUAAUAACAAUAAAAGAUCGAUUAAUAACACAGAAAAGGAUAAUCCCUCUAUUAUUUUUGAUCAUAAUAAAAAACAAUUACAUACAGAUAGCUUAUUCACUAGCGAUAAUGCAAGUUUUGAUACCACCAAUUUUUACACAAAAAAAAGAAAAACAGAAGAUCAACAAAUAAAUACAAAAAGCACUCCUGAUAGUUCAAGAAAUAAAAAUAAUGUACUAUAUAUCGAUAUAUUUAACGAAUCCGCUUUCGCUUGUAAUGAAAAUAAAUUUAUCACACCAGAAAAUAAAAGAAAAAAUAUUUUCAAAAAUUUUAAAAUGUUACAACACUCAAGCAAUAUAAAUUAUUUCUAUGGAUACAUUUUCUCAAAAAUGGAAAGAUAUAAAUAUUUCCACAAGUGCUUGAUAAGGAUAAUGAAAAGAAAGGUGAAACAAAAAAGGAAUAAUAAAAUUUUGAAGCAAUAUAAUUCCAAUCUCAUAUUUUCGAAAACUCAACACGAACACGAUGGGGUUGCCAUGUGCCAAAACAAAAUGAAAAAACGAAAAAUAUCUUUCACACUUGCAAAUAUAAAAGGAAAAAAUAAAAAAAAACGUAACAAGCAAAGCAAUGUUAACUCUUUAAAAAUAAAAGAUAUACUAAAAAAUAUGUACUUAGACGAAUACUUAAAAAUAAUUAGUGUUAGGUGUAAAUUAAACUAUAUCGAAAACUAUUUACUAAAGAAAAAAAAAAAAAAAAUUAAAUUAAAAGAAUUACCUCCAAUGUUAUUUGAAUAUUUAACAUCGUAUUCUCAACUACAUUCUAAUAAAAAUAAUCUUAUCAAAAAUUUUAUACUUAAUAAAAGUCAAAAUAUGUAUAUACAUGAAAAUAAAUCAUUACAGAGUUAUUAUGAUCAUGACUCCAUACAAAUAGAAGAUAAAAAAACAAAUAAAAUUUCUUCCUAUUCAAACCAAUGUGAAGAAAAUGAGUUAAAAAAAAAAAAAGAUACUACCUUUUCACCCUUGACAGAAAUCGAUCAACUACCCCAACAUGAUAUUGAUGUAAUAAAAAACAAUGAUAAAAUUUCUAUAUUUAUUUUCUUAUAUAGAAAAUUAAAAUUUUUAUAUAAUAUGAAAUCAAUUGAUCUUAGAUUUGAAAAUGACCAAGAAAAUGUUAAUUCAACAAUUGUCAAUAUUGAUGAUGAUAAUAUAGCUCAUACACUUACUUGCAACACAAAAAAGCCUCUUUUUAAUAAUAGUAAGAAUACUGAUUUAAAUAUAUCAAUUAUUGAUCUGAAAAAGAACAAUUUUAAUAUUUAUAUUAAAAAAUAUGCCACAAUAAAUUUAUUCUCUUCUAUAAAAUCAAAGAAAAAAAAACAAAAGAAAAUUUACAAUAUGAUGCGAUAUAACCAUUUUGAGGAAUACUACUACAGCAUAUAUUUGUUAAUCGAACAAUUUAAGAAGCACGUUCUUGAAAACAUUCCGGACGAAUCUUCACGAAAAAAAGUGAAACUAUCAGAUAUACCAAAGUUCCUAAAGAUUAAGAACAAGAAUUUGAAAUUCUUACUUUAUCACAACUCAUACACAAAUCAGUUAUUAUUAACACGAAAAAUAAGGAAGCUUUUUAUAAAUUUAAUUAAAAAAGUGAAAAGAAAAGAAACGAGAAAAAAAGCUAACGUUAAAAAACAUAAGCUAAUGGAAGAAUUAAUUAUAUACAAAGAAUAUAACAUUUUAUAUAAUAUAUAUAAUAUAUCAAAAACAAAUAUUGAAAAAUAUUUUUUUAUUUUUUAUGAUUUAUAUAAUAAUAUUUCAGCUAAAAAUAAUUAUAAUUUCUUAAAUAUCCUUGAAAAGGAAGACAACAAUAAUAAUACCACUCUAUCUUAUUCAUGCCACUUUUGUAAAGAUGUAUAUUUUUUUAAAAGCGAUUUAUUAACUCAUAUUUCAAAUGUUCAUAAUACAAAUAAAAAAUUUUCUGACAUCAUUUCGUUAAUCUCCAACACUAAACACACCAUGCACAAAACCCUGAGUGAUAUUUUAAAAAUAAAACAUAUAAUAAACAAUGCUUCACCAGCAUAUGGGCAAAAUAUGCGAGUAUAUAGAGAUAAUAACAUGAGUACAAUAGAUGAAAAAGUAGACCAAACAUCAUUAUUUUGUUCUAGUAAUUAUAUAACCAAAGGAAUCGAAUCACUAUCUCAUAACAAUACACCAUCAGAUAAAUUUAGCCAAAAUACAAAAGAAUAUAAAAAAUAUGAGCAAUUUCUUCAAUAUGAGCACAAUAUUGCUCCUGAUGUAUUGCAAGUACAAAAUACAGAGUUAAAAAAACAAACAACCAAGCAAAUAAGUAUUAUAGAUCAACUUAAUACAAAUAAAAUAUUUUCCAGAAAUACGCAUUCCAGUGCAAAAAUCAAAUAUUCAUUGCGAACAGUAUACCUUUAUUUUGUCACAAUAUAUAUUCAGCUUUACAUAUCUAGAAUUAAUUUGGAAAAAUGUACCAGCCAUAAAAAAAAUAUCGGUGACAACAAAGGGGAAAAUGAACAAAGGGCUUUAUCCCAUCAAAAAUUACAUAAAAAUAGAAAGAAUGUGUUACCAAAACGGAAGCGAAACAAUUUAAAUCCCUUAUCAAAUAAAAUUAAAUUAAUAUCUAACAAAUUAAAUACAUUUCGAUUAAUUUACUACUUAAAAAACAAAACUAAUAGCAUACCAUAUAAGAAAAGUGUAUGGAACAAGGCCAACAAAGUUAUGAUAGGGAAAUUUGUGUAUGCUGUAUGUAAAUAUAUUCAGAAUAAACUAUUUUAUUAUUUUAAAAAAAAUAUUGUUAAUUAUUUUUUUAUAUUAUUAAAUGAAAAUUUAACCAGAUGUAUAUUAAAUUAUUUCCCAACAUAUAUAUAUAACUGCAGAUAUACAAAUAUAAAUUAUUAUUUUGAUAAGUGUAUAAAAAAUAUUUACGAUUUUAAUUUUAUAUCUCUUAUAAAUUUAAUGAAAUUAUUUAUUAUCAAUUAUGGUAGCAAUUUUAUAUUGUACAAAGAAAUAAUCAAACCGCUAUUUUAUCAAAAAUUACGAAAUAUACAAAACGGAAUCAAAUAUUUAAAAAAAAAUAUGUACGUUGUCGAUACUAGCUAUGUUUUGUCUAAGUAUACAGCUAAUGAUAUAGUUUGUGAUAAUAUAUAUUCAAAUCUCAUUUAUAAAUCAAUUUUUUAUAAAAAAAAACUUUCACUUUUUACAAAAAAAAAAGCAUUUGACGAUGUUAUAGAUAUUAUUUACUCAUUUGGUAGUUGCUACUUUUCAAAAAUAUUAGAAUAUGCACAUUCAGAAAAUUAUCAAAAUAAACCCCUUACGUUAAAUUAUCAAAUUGACCAAUUAUUACUGCACAUAGAUAAUGUAUACAAUCAAGAGCAAAAUAUAAAUUAUACUCCUAAUAACCAUGAAAAUUGUAUAUUCCCAAAUUUUAAUUUUGACGAUCAUUUAGCAUCAACAAAUUUAAAUAAAAUCUCAAAUUAUGUACAAUUGAAUAAUUCUUAUGAAGAAGAAAUUAGUCAUAUCAACACUACUAACAAUAAAAAUUCUACUUAUAAAUAUAAUGGCGAUCAUUUUUCUAAUGAUCACCAAUUGAAUGCAUUUAACAUUUUCAGUGAUGAAAAUUUCGAUGCAAAUGAAAGCACAUGCAAUGAAUCUAAAAAAUAUUAUUUCAAUAAAAAAUUAACAAUUUUUGAUUUAAAUUUUUAUGUACAUAAAUUUUUAAAAGGUGACAUCACUUUAUAUGCAUGUAAUAAGUAUACAAUAUUAGACGAUAUACAUAGCGAUGACAAAAAAAAUAUUACCACCAAAUUUAAUAACCAAAAUAAAUAUUAUACUCCUGAUAGAGAUGAUAAACAAAACGAAGAUGUGAAUAAUACAAAAUAUAGCAGAGAAUUUUUAAAAAAUAAUAAUAAUAAAGAUAAGAACAAAUUUGAGGUUGAUGAAAAUUCUCUAAGCUUUAAUUCUUCAAAUGAUGGAAACUUAGAUACAUUUGAUCAACUAUCAGAUGAUUAUGAAAUUAUAAAAUUGUUAGAAAAUGAUAAUUAUAAUAAUGAAAAAUUAUUAGGGGGUAUAAAUAAACAUAUAAAGCAUCUAACUAAGCAUGUUAAUGAAUAUUUCCCAAAUUAUUACAUUCUCAACGAUUUAAAAAAAAAAAUAUUAAAAAGGCUAUCAAACAUUUUCUCUGAUAAUAACAAUAGUUUUAUAUCUUACAAUUUUCAAAAUGAAAAUUGCCACAAUUUUUAUUAUGAUCCAAAUUAUAUAAAUAACAAUUUUUUUAAUUAUUUUAAAAAAUAUUGCAUAUACAUUUAUCAAAACUAUAACAAUCCUACUCGAUCUAAAAAGUGUAAAGACUUCAAAAAUUACACAUUAUUAAAUACUAGUAAUACAAAUAAUUUUAAUUUUAGCGAUCUUUUUAACAAAUUUAUAGAAAAAAACAAUUUCCCCAAUUCAAUAGUUUAUAACAAAAACAAACUACUUAUUUAUAAUAUUAGCAAAAAAACAUUUAUAGAUUUUGAUAUAUACCCUCAAAAUAUUCAUUUAUAUAAUAUUGCAUAUAUUUCAAAUAUACAAAAAAAUAUUGAGGCAUUUCUAGAUAUACAAGUGUUAAAUUUGAAAAAUGGAAUUUUUUGGCUUCAAAGCGAAAAGAGUACAUCAAAAAAAAAAUUUACAAAUUUACGUAAGCAAGUCAUAAAUAAUAAUAGUAUAAAUGCAAAUAAAUUGAGUAUUAACAAAGAAGAUGUUUUACAAAAACAUAAUUCUAAUAUUUCGAAUAAACCAGAAAAUAAAAUAAAGGAUUCACAAGUUUUGAACUCAAAUAGAAGAAAAUAUGUAGCAAAAUAUAAUAGUUUUAUAAGAGAAACACAAAUUAAAAAGUUUGUAAAAAAAGUUACCGUUCGAAAUAUAAAUAAUAGUACCGUUAAUAAUAAUACCGAUCAUACUGGGAACAACACAAGUGGUAUUAGUAAUGAUAAUGCACAUAAAGAAUCUUUCAUAUUUGUUGUCAAGUUAAUGUAUCAUGUUUUUUGCAUGGACAAUAUACAAAAUAACUAUGAUGAGCACGGAAAUUACAAGGCGCAUAUACACGAAAAAAAUCAAAACAUAAAAAAUCUGAGGCAUAAAAUAAACAAUAUGUACAAAUAUAAAACUACAAUAGAAAAUAUAAAUAAAAAUAACUACAUCGGCAAUAAUGUACAGCAAACAGAUGAUAGUCCUUACGAAAGAAACACUGCAAACAACCAUGAUAUUUCCCAUAUUAGUGAUAAUGCCAAUGGUCCUAACAAUGAGACAAAAGAAAAAGAAGAUUAUUUAUUUAACCAAAUAAUGAGCAAAAUGCUAUAUAUGUUUUUCAUAGUUAAAAAAAAAAAAAAAAAAGGGUGUUUUAUUGAUAGUUUAAAAAAAAAAUAUAUAAAAAAGUUUAUUAAUAAGGCGUGUUACAAUGAAUAUUUUAAUUUAAAAAAGGAAUAUAACUUUAUCCUUUUUCUUUUAAAUAAAUUAAAUCUUAUAAAAAUAUUUCCAUAUAUUAAUACGCAUAAGAUAUUCUUAGCACAGUAUUACAAUGGAAUUAAUAUGUGUAAAAGAAAGACUUUGUUUUAUGAACACAAUUUUAAACACCCGUUUUUAAACAUGAUAAAUUAUUAUUUAAAAAAUUUUAAAGUUAAAACACAAAGAUAUUCCGAUGAUGAAAAAAAAACAUUUAAAAAGUUUAUCAAAAAAAAUAGAAUACUCAGUCAAAUGAAUAUACAACAUCCCAGUAAUAACACUCCACAUGAAAUUGGUACUGCGAAGAAUAUAACUAAUACCAGCAAUGUAACUAAUAUAAGCUACGAAAAUAGUAGCAAAAACAACAUAACCGAUGAAAGCACAUUGGCUAAUCGAUAUGCUUACAAAAAUGUUACCCAAGAAAAAAUAAUAUAUAAAAAGAAAUAUAUAAAUUAUAGCGACUAUGUAUACAUAAACUUCAUAAAUAACAAUACUUUAAAAAAACCCAAUUUUAUUCCAAGAUUAAUACUAUUAUUCAACCUACAAUGCCAUAUUAUAAUUCAUGAUUACUUUUUUAUGUACUUAUGUGAAAAUUAUGAACAAAUCCAAAAAUUCGAAAAAUCUAUAAAUGAAAAUUGUAAUGAUUACACAAAUAUUUUAUACAAUACACGAAUAGGAAAUAAAAUAUUAAAUUAUAUGGGAAAUAAAAAAUAUCCAACUGUCAUUAAAUAUAUAAAACAAAUUAUAAAUAACGCUUGCAAGUAUUUUGAAUACAAUAUAUUGUUGUAUAUAAACAAUAAUAAAGAAGAUGAUAUACAAAAACAAAAUAAUAACAACAAAUCUAAUAUCAUUUACUAUUUCAAGGACAAUUAUGUAAUCACAAAUAGCUUCAUAUAUUUAAAUGGUAGCGUAAACAUAAAAUUUAUGUUUUUCUACAUCCUGAAGAUAUUUUUUUAUAUCAAAAACAAUCCGUAUUCCUCUAUAUUCGACAUAUACAAGACGAUCGAAAUACUAAACCUUUGUGAUUUAAACACACUCCUAAGAGCAAUGUGUGAUGACGGAUUUAUUUCCUUCAAAUUGAUGUUCGUAAAUAAAAGAAGUGAAAUUUAUAAGUUGAAAAAAAAUUACCAAAUAAUAAACGACUUCAACAAUAUAAUGAGGAAUGAUAAUAUAAAAAAAAAAAAAAAAACACAAAUAAAAAAGAAAAGAAAAGCUAAACCCUGUUAUUUUUUUGAUACAACAUCAGAGGAUGAAUUUUCUACUGACAAUGAUACUUUUAAAACAAUAAAUAAAUCCAAAAAAGACAAUACUAUACAUGCAAAUCAGCUUAUCACCGAAAAUCCACAAACCUUUGAUAAAAUAUCCAAAAAAAACAAUUUAAAAAAUUAUAAUUUAUUUAUUGAUAGAAUAUUGUAUAAAAAAGUUAAACUUUAUUACAUUCAAGAUGAAAAUAUAAUUUUUAAAAAAUAUGAAGGAACAUUAUGGAACUGA